CCUAUCCGUGCAUGCCGGUGGUUGUGCCGCAGCAAGCCGGGCCUGCCUGCAGCGGGCGUGGCUAGAGUGUGCCGUAUGCUGAAGAGACACUGGAAAAUAAACCCCACUUCCAUGCCUGCUGCUCGGAGGUGGCGCCUCCUGCCCUGUUGUGGUCGCCCUUCGUCCCGCUUUCUGCUUGGAUUGCUGCGUUCGGCUUGUUCUGGCUCGGUGCGUCUGGUGCCGCAGGUCUGACGCCCAGGCCCCUCGAUGGAAUUCCGUCUUUUAGAGGGAAGAAAUGAGACUGAAACUUCUGCACCUUCAGACGAGAUCUUUCCACGCUCUAACAACAAUAUACCAAUACCAAAGCUUUAACAAAACUGGAUGUCUACUAUUAAAGCUAGAUAACGAAGUUGAAAGAACAGCUCACAGAACAGCAAAAUCUUGGAAUUUGUAUGCACUGAAACCUUCGUCCCCUUGGUUGACAAGUCAAUGUGUGCAAGUCAGGAAUUGGCAUUUUCUCCAAGGAUUUCUGUCCACUUUGGGAAGAAAUGUUUAUUGUCAGAACGGGGAGGGUUUUUUCUCAUCCUGGAAACAUUUGGGUGUGACGAUGAUGGAUAGCUACAGGCUCAAUGCAGAGUGGAUCAAAAAGCUUAGGAGCACAGGAUCAAGAUUUUAUGCAGUUGUAUCAGCUGGUAAAAUUGUCCCCAAACCCAAUAACCAACCAGUUAAGAGACCACCAAAGGCACCGAGGACCAAGCAGCCAUCCAGAACGAACCUGCCACUCUCAGCCAUGGAGAAUCUGAUGCAGUGCACAGCCUUUGCAACAGCAGAUGAAUAUCAUCUUGGUAAUCUGUGUCAUGACCUGACUUCACAUGGAUAUGUUGAAAUAACAAGUUUGCCUAGAGAUGCUGCAAAUGUUUUAGUGGUCAGUACUGAGAAAUCUGCAAAAGAAGAUGAUCCUGGCAUGAUUUUUUUUUUCAGGGAAGGGGCUGUUGUAUUUUGGAAUGUGGAAGAGAAAAGUAUGAAGAAAAUCAUGCGAGUGCUAGAGCAGCAUGAAAUUCAGCCAUAUGAAGUUGCACUGGUCCAUUGGGAGAAUGAAGAGUUGAACUAUAGAAUAGGAGAAGGUCAGUCAAAGCUCCAUAAAGGACAAAUCUUGUUAAAUUCUGAGCUGGAUAGUGAUGAAGUUGUUCUGCAGAAGUUUGCCUUUUCAAAUGCUCUUUGUCUUUCUGUCUUCUGCUUUGUCAUCUCUGUUGCAGUAAAGCUGGCUAUUUGGGAAUCAUUACUGGAUAACUUUGUGGAAUCUAUCCAGUCAAUUCCUGAGAUUCUAAAGUCAAGAAGGAAGGUAAAACUCUCUCAUGCAGAUGUGAUGCAGAAAAUUGGAGAACUCUUUGCAUUAAGACACCGUAUAAAUUUGAGCUCAGACCUGCUGAUAACACCAGACUUCUACUGGGAUAGAGAAAAACUAGAAGAGCUUUAUGACAAGACUUGCCAGUUUCUCAACAUUAAUCGCAGAGUUAAGGUAAUGAAUGAAAAGCUGCAGCACUGCAUGGAGCUGACAGACCUAAUGCGAAAUCACCUGAAUGAAAAGCACGCACUGCGCCUUGAGUGGAUGAUAGUAAUACUAAUCACCAUAGAGGUUCUGUUUGAACUUGCAAGGGUAGUUUUCUGAUGACAGAACAAACUCAGAAGAAGAAAACAGACAAAACAAUAGAGAACACAAGGCUUGGAAAAUAUGCUUCUGGAGAAUCAUGAAAUUGUCUCUUGAUAAAUCUCUAAAUCUUCUACUCAAAUAAAAUAAAAAUUAAAUCA